UUGUCGCAGCAAAGGAUGGUCCAACUUGACUUGGCAUCCACUAUGAGAAGUUCCAAUAGUUUUCGCACUUCUGGUCAUAUGUACCAUGAGCGAGUGGAUGAACGAAGAAGUAAUGGUGGUGGAGGACGUCGCCAAGAAAGAGGGGACAGCAGGAGAUCUACAAGCGAGAAGUAUGCAUUUGGUAGUGAAAAGAAACUUAGACAACAUGAACAUCCUCCAAGAACGCCAGGUGGAUUUGAUUGGGAUUAUGAAAGACAUGAAUGGGAGGAUACACCUACUAGGGAAAAUAGAGAUAGGUAUUCUGUCUCUCAUAGGUCACGUUAUGCAUCACGAUCUCCGAUGCUAGUUGGUGCUUCUCCCGACGCACGUUUGGUUUCCCCUUAUUUGGGCGGACAAACACCCCGGUUUGCAGGUGUGACUUCACCAUGGGAUUCUGUUGCACCUUCCCCAGAGCCCAUACGGGCCUCUGGCAGGUCCUCUAGAAGAUCUUCAGGCUCUCGCGAAGUUGAAAGGUCACAUCAGCUCACCUUUUCAGUUGCAUCAAAUUCAGAGAUUGAUGAUAAUGAGAGAAGUUCUUUAGCUACAGACCAAAGUUAUGAGAUGACAGAGGAGAUGUUGUACGAGAUGGAUUACAAUGCUGAUCGUGAAUGGUAUCCAGUUCAGUUUAACGAGGAACUUACAAUGUUUGAUUCUUAUAACUCGUCAUUAUUCCAGGGAGAUGAUACUUUUCAAAAGAAAGAGGCGGAGUUGGCAAAAAAACUGACUCGAAAGGAUGGGAGUUUGAUGCCUUUAGCACAGAGUAGAAAGCUGUCACAGUUGACUGCUGAUAAUGCUCAGUGGGAGGACCGCCAGCUUUUGCGUUCUGGAGCCGUAAGAGGAACCGAAGUUCUGAUGGAGUUUAAUGAUGAGGAUGAGAGAAAGGUUAUCCUUCUUGUUCAUGAUACAAAGCCUCCCUUUCUUGAUGGUAGGGUAGUUUAUACAAAGCAGGCAGAGCCUGUAAUGCCUAUCAAAGAUCCUACAUCAGAUAUGGCUAUCAUCUCGCGCAAAGGAUCUUCUUUGGUGAGAGAGAUACACGAGAAGCAGAGCAUGAACAAAUCCCGGCAACGAUUUUGGGAGUUGGCUGGGUCAAAACUCGGUGAUAUUCUUGGAGUUCAGAAAACCGCUGAGCAGGUGGAUGCAGAUACUGCUGUUGUUGGAGAACAUGGUGAAGUUGACUUCAAAGAGGAGGCAAAAUUUUCUCAGCAUUUAAAGGAGAAAAGUGUAGCAGUGAGUGAUUUUGCCAAGUCAAAAUCAAUUUCUCAACAGAGACAAUAUCUUCCUAUAUAUUCAGUUCGUGAGGAACUGUUGCAGGUUAUACGAGAAAAUCAGGUGGUCAUUGUUGUUGGUGAAACUGGUUCAGGGAAAACAACACAACUAACACAGUAUUUACAUGAAGAUGGCUAUACUACGAACGGAAUUGUUGGGUGUACACAACCCAGGCGUGUAGCUGCCAUGAGUGUUGCAAAACGAGUUAGUGAAGAGAUGGAGACGGAAUUAGGGGAUAAAGUAGGCUAUGCUAUUCGAUUUGAGGAUGUCACUGGUCCAAAGACAGUCAUUAAGUACAUGACGGAUGGAGUGCUUCUACGGGAAACUUUGAAAGAUUCUGAUCUUGACAAAUACCAUGUUAUAGUAAUGGAUGAAGCACACGAGAGGUCCCUUAGCACAGAUGUCUUGUUCGGCAUAUUGAAAAAGGUAGUUGCUCAGAGAUGGGACUUAAAGCUCAUAGUGACAUCUGCCACGUUGAAUGCCCAAAAGUUCUCCAACUUCUUCGGAAGUGUUCCUAUAUUCCACAUUCCUGGAAGAACGUUCCCCGUUAACAUCCUCUACAGUAAAACUCCAUGUGAAGAUUAUGUUGAGGCUGCUGUGAAGCAGGCCAUGACUAUCCACAUAGCUAGUCCUCCAGGCGACAUCCUCAUCUUCAUGACCGGACAAGAUGAAAUCGAAGCAACCUGUUAUGCUCUCGCCGAGCGAAUGGAGCAACUGUCGACAUCCACUGCGAAGGCAGUUCCCAAGCUAUCCAUUCUACCCAUCUAUUCCCAGCUGCCUGCAGACCUGCAAGCAAAGAUCUUCCAGAAGGCUGAAGAUGGUGCAAGGAAAUGCAUUGUUGCCACCAACAUUGCAGAGACCUCGCUAACUGUGGAUGGGAUCUUUUAUGUUAUAGACACAGGCUACGGGAAGAUUAAAGUUUACAACCCGAGGAUGGGCAUGGAUGCUCUCCAAGUUUUUCCAGUGAGUCGAGCUGCUGCAGACCAACGAGCAGGGAGAGCAGGAAGAACUGGCCCGGGAACAUGCUAUCGCUUAUACACAGAAUCUGCCUACCAGAAUGAGAUGUUAGCCACCCCUGUGCCUGAGAUCCAGCGAACCAACCUUGGUAAUGUGGUGUUACUGCUCAAGUCCCUGAAAGUCGAGAACUUGUUGGAUUUUGACUUCAUGGAUCCGCCUCCACAGGAGAACAUCCUCAAUUCCAUGUACCAGCUCUGGGUUUUGGGCGCUUUGAACAAUUUUGGAGGACUCACUGAAAUAGGAUGGAAGAUGGUGGAGUUCCCUUUGGAUCCACCUCUAGCGAAGAUGCUGUUGAUGGGGGAGGAAUUGGAAUGCCUAAACGAAGUCCUCACCAUUGUUUCGAUGCUUUCUGUACCAUCUGUCUUCUUCAGGCCCAAGGAUAGGGCUGAGGAAAGCGAUGCUGCAAGGGAGAAAUUCUUCGUUCCGGAGUCCGAUCACCUCACGCUUCUCAACGUCUAUUUACAAUGGAAGGCAAACCAGUAUCGAGGAGACUGGUGCAACGAUCACUUCCUACAGGUGAAGGGUCUUCGGAAAGCCAGGGAAGUAAGAUCCCAACUGCUCGACAUACUAAAAACACUAAAGAUUCCGCUCACUUCUUGUGGGAUGGAUUGGGAUGUGGUGAGGAAGGCAAUCUGUUCCGCAUAUUUUCAUAACUCCGCGAGAUUGAAAGGUGUUGGGGAGUAUGUCAAUUGUAGAAAUGGCAUGCCUUGCCAUCUUCAUCCGAGUAGCGCUCUAUACGGGCUUGGAUACACACCGGAUUAUGUGGUUUAUCAUGAACUGAUUCUGACAACCAAGGAAUACAUGCAAUGUGCCACUGCAGUAGAGCCACAAUGGCUUGCAGAGUUAGGACCAAUGUUCUUUUCUAUUAAGGAGUCUGAUACUUCAAUGCUUGAGCAUAAGAAGAGGAAAAGGGAAGAGAAGACUGCAAUGGAGGCUGAGAUGGAGAAUCUGCGAAAGGAUCAGGCGGAGUUUCAGAGAGUGAGCAAGGAGAAAGAGAGAGAGAAGAGGACUAAGCAGCAGCAGCAGGUGGUAAUGCCUGGUCUUAGGAAGGGUUCUUCAACAUAUCUCAGACCCAAAAAGUUUGGAUUGUAAUUUUACCAAUAUUUCAUGUACAAAAUUGAUAUUUAAAUAAUUUUUAACUAGAUAUGAAUUGAUGUAAAGGUUAUGUAUGUUAGAUGUAAAACUUGUUAAGAUAAGCCCCAUUCCUCUAGUUAUUAAAAAUAA